AUGAGCGCACGCUCCUAAUUGCGCGCGUAAUUACGCACGAGAUGGUUGGAAAUCAAAUGCGCUUAAGGUAAAAAAAAAAGUUAAAAAAAGACCAGAGCUGGGGUGGAGACCUGGAAGAACACAUUAUCUGGGAUAAAGCCAGCCAGUUCUGGUUCUACACUGUCUCCCACCACCACAAACACCGCCGCCUCCUCCUCCUCCAAAUCCACGUACAACGCUGGGUUUCGCUUCCGCUUCGCACGGUUCGGUCAUUGAUGAGUAGAGUGGGCUUCGAGGAGGAGGGCGCGUGCGUGAGAGACGUGGUUUUGACAAGGCAAAGAGAAGGAGAGGGAGUGAGAGAAAAGAGAGGGGAGGGGAUAAAGAAGGAGGUGACAGACCUGCUCCUCCGGGAGUCUCCUGCAGCUUUACUGCUCCGUACUAUCGACUGGAACUGCCCACAAAAACCCUGCUCGGUGGUGAAAUAAGGCACCGAGCCUCCGUGGAGCUGUCACCGAGCUUCUUCAGGCUCUCCGCUCCGUUCUGUGCUCGGUUUGUUCUGCCUGUUCUGGACUAACAGUGAGAGGAGUCAAAGAGGAGGUGGAGGGGGAGCAGCGGAGCAGGAUUCUUGGAGCUCUCUCUCUCUCUCUCUCUCUCUCUAACCGCUGCAGCUUCAUCGGCCCGAACCUCCAGGAUUAUCUGAUUUUGAGGGUCUGAGAAUUAAUCAGUGAAGGCGGUUCACACUGUGGUUCUGGUCGUGUCCGUGUCCAGGUUCAGGUUGUUGAGUCAGGGACGGUAGUUUCUGGAGACCCUGGUCAUGGCGGACCAAGAGGAAACGUUUAGCCUCGAAAACUCUCCCGCUGCCGGCUCUGAGUCCAGAGAAGUGCAGGCUGAGAGUAAAGCCGAGAAACCGAGCGGAACCACGAGCAAAUCCCCGUCUUCACAGACGACGUUCAUCCAGCAGGGAAUGGAAGGAAUUAAGGUUUACCUGCACGAGAGAGAACUGUGGGUGAAGUUCUAUGAAGUGGGCACGGAAAUGAUCAUCACGAAGGCGGGAAGGCGAAUGUUCCCCAGCUUCAAAGUGAAGGUGACGGGACUCAACCCGAAAACCAAGUACAUCCUGUUGAUGGACGUGGUACCUGCUGACGAUCAUCGAUACAAAUUCGCGGAUAACAAAUGGUCUGUGACCGGUAAGGCCGAGCCCGCCAUGCCCGGCAGACUGUACGUCCACCCGGACUCUCCGGCCACCGGGGCCCACUGGAUGCGGCAGCUGGUCUCCUUCCAGAAGCUCAAACUCACCAACAACCACCUGGACCCGUUCGGACACAUCAUCUUGAAUUCCAUGCACAAGUACCAGCCUCGGAUCCACAUCGUGAAGGCGGAUGAAAACAACGGCUUCGGCUCCAAGAACACGGCCUUCUGUACCCACGUCUUCACGGAGACCGCCUUCAUCGCUGUCACGUCCUACCAGAACCACAAGAUAACCCAGCUGAAGAUCGAGAACAACCCGUUUGCUAAAGGUUUUCGCGGAAGUGACGACAUGGAGCUGCACAGGAUGUCCAGGAUGCAAAGUACCAAGGAGUAUCCAGUAGUGCCGCGCAGCACAGUGAGACAGAGGGUGGGCUCCAGCCAGAGUCCGUUCAGUGGGGAGGUGCAGGGCCUGGGCACCCAGAGCACUCUGACCCCCCAGUACCCUCAGUGUGAGAAUGGGGUCAGCAGUACCUCACAGGACAUGCUGCCCCAGUCGGGCUCCUACCCAGUACCCCAUGAGCACGCUCAGGAUUAUCACUGCAUCAAGAGGAAAGUGGAGGACGACUGUCACUCCGGUGACCCCAGCUACAAGAAAACCUACCUGGAGAGUUCGUCCAGUGAGGACGACCAUUACUACCGUCCUGUCCCUUAUGCCCAGAGCCUCGGUUUGACCGCUGGGCCUUACCGCACUGAGACCAACCAGAGACAAGCCUGCAUGUACGCCAGCGCACCACAAGGCGCCGAGUCGGUUCCCACCCUGGAGGACAUCAGCUGCAACACCUGGGCCGGCGUGUCCCCGUACGGGACUUGUUCCGUCCCCGCCAUGCAGCCAAUGGAGAGGCUGCCCUACCAGCACUUCUCCGCUCACUUCACCUCAGGGUCUCUGGUCUCCAGACUCGGUGGGGUGGGGGGCCACGCCUCACCACAGCUGGGUGACGGCCAUCACGCAGCCAUGUACCAGAACCCAAUGAGCCAUCAGGGCCUGGGCCGACAGUGCAGCCCGGGAGCGGGGAUCCAGUCGCCGACAGGCAGCCUACAGGGAAACGAGUACCUCUACACGCACGGUAUCCCACGCACAUUAUCACCGCACCAGUACCACGCCGUGCACAGUGUUAGCCUCAUGCCGGAGUGGAACGAGAACAGCUAGACCUUUAACGAUUAUUCUCAUACAAAUGAAAUUGGAAAAGGUGACUGAACUGAACUUCUAGUCCGAACAUCUGCACUUAAAAAAAAAACAAACAAAAGACUAAACAAAGACAAGUUGGACCAGAACGAACACUGAAAACUCUUCAAAAGUGCAAAAAAAGUACCAGUGCCUUUGGUACCAGUUCUGGUGGACCAUGUCAUGGUGAGGUGGAGGUCGACAAGGGAAGAUGAUAUUUUUACGGUAUGCUAGUCUUCUUUUCUAUCUGUCUCCCAACUUCAUGUAAAAAUGGACGAGGACGUUAAAUACAGUAUUUGCAGUAGUCGAUAUCUUUGUAAUUUACAGUGUACUUUGUGUUUUAUUUUUUGUUUUUGUUUUUGGAACCCACAUGAGCCUGAAUGAACGGAGGCCUAAGUUGUGGCUCUUGUUGUAUAGUUUGUUCUUCGUAGCUGUUGUGUGUUCUUUUAUUAUUGAUGAAACAAAAACCAACAAGACAAAAGUCCGAACAAUCUUCUGGUAGA